CGCCCUCCGCCAGUACUCCCUCCCUGGCGUCGGCGGUCGGCCGCUGGCAUAUCCACCUCCCCUCACCCACGUCUCGUCCCCUCACCCCUGCUGCGUGAUAUAUCUCCCCUCAGCUGUGCCUCAGCCUAUGACAGUCCAUAAUAAGAGUGUAUGAGAGCGGAAAGCCUCGUGUAGUGAAGUGAGAAGGUCGGGUGAGUGCUCGCAGGAGGCGCAGACGCGGCAAGAGGUGUCCAGGGCGGGAACCCUGCUGCUGCUGCAGGGGCUGGCGGCGGCCUCCUGCCCUACACACACACACCUCGCCCUCAGGAGCACUGAUGACCACCUCCUCCCCAGCUGGAGUGGUGAGCCGGCACCAGAUAGGCCGCCACCACGUGCACUCCACACCUGGCACCCACACCUUGAGGAUGAAAUGAUACGGUGGUCGGGAGGAGAAUGGCCUGCUACCAGAAUGGCGGCACGUUAUCCCUGCAUCUGUCUGCCGCCCGCCUCUCACCGCCCCUGAUGUGUGGGUCCCGCGUCUCCUCCUCCUCCUCCCCGCGUGGUGCGCUCCCAUCCACGCUUACACCCCAUGAGCCAACCCCCCACGCUCCCCACCACUCGCACUCAUCCCAUGACCCAUCCUGGUACUCAUCCAACGAUCAGUUAAGGCAUUCACCUCACGAUCCACCGCGGCACUCACCCCACGAUCCACCUCGGCACUCACCCCAUGAUCCACCGCGGCACUCACCCCAUGAUCCACCCCGGCACUCACCCCACGAUCCACCUCGGCACUCACCCCAUGAUCCACCCCGACACUCAUCCCAUGAUCCACCGCGGCACUCACCCCAUGAUCCACCCCGGCACUCACCCCAUGAUCCACCCCGACACUCACCCCAUGAUCCACCCCGGCACUCACACCACGACCCACACCGGCACUCACACAACGACCCAACCCGGCACUCACACCAUGACCCACCACGGCACUCACCCCACGACCCAUCUCGUAACUCACCCAGACACUCACCCCACGACCCACCCAGACACUCACACUAUGACCCACCCCGACACUCACCCCACGACCCACCCCGACACUCACCCCACGACCCACCCCGACACUCACCUCACGACCCACCCCGGCACUCACACCAUGACCCACCGUGUAACUCACCCCACGACCCACCUCGCCACUCGCCCCGACACUCACCCCACGACCCACCCAGGCACUCACCCCACGACCCACCACGGCACUUAUUCUAUGACCCACUUCGCGACCCACCCAGGCACUCACCCAGACUGUCACCCGUCGAUCAGCCAAAGUUCACACUCUAUGAUCCACCUCGACGCUCAUCCAAAGACCCACCUCCCCUGUCACCCGUCGACCCAUCUAGGGUCUCACCCUACGAAACCCCUUCCUGCCUCUCACCCGUGGAGGUGGCGCCGCGGCGCUCUUCACAGGAACGCCACAGGAUCUCACCCAUCCACGGCUCCCACAACCAUGUACAUUCGACCACCAACCACGCCUCGUCGGCCAGCAACCAUACGCCCUCGGCCAGCAACCAUGCCUCUCCAGAUGCCAUCACUCACCAAGCUAAAAGCACGACCUCUCCCAAACUCUCACGCCGGGAGACUGAUCUCUCGCUCAACCACGUCAAGCUGCAGGAGACAUACAUCAACGUGGAGGCGCUAGAGGAGAGGAAAACAGAGAAGCAGCUCUCAGAGGCCUGGAAGCGCAAAAGAAGACGGUCUGUCGAGUCCAUAUUACCAGAGUACCUGAAAUCUGCUCCCAUAAUGCGCAUCAAUCACCCUUUGGAGCAGAGUGUGAUAUUGUCUUUCCUAAGGUCAGUGACGGGCGUGCUGCUCACCUGUUUGAUGAGCGUGCCACUGAGCCUGGCACUCAUACUCUCACUGCCCGUCGUCUUGUUCCUGAAGGCCCUUGUGGCCUUGGGCAGACUACCCAGGACCAGAAACUGCUUUGCUGCCUUCCAUAGUGACUAUGUAGCACCCCACGAUGCGCAGUUCCUACUACAGGAUGUCGACAACCACUCGGUCAUCCACAGUGUGCUCAUCAUCGAUGCCUCCAUGAACCUGAAGCGUAUCAAGCAGUUGCUGGCGACGCGCGUUGUCGAGGCCAAGAACGGCGCCGGUAGCCUCAUGUACCCGCGUCUUACCCAGAUGGUGUCUUUCAUGCCUGCUGGGCCCGCUUGGGUCCACGACCAUAACUUUAACCUGCAUAAUCAUGUGUUCUCAGGGCCUAACAUAGCAACAGAAGGAGCCCUUCAAAAGUACGUGAGUUCUCUCUUGUCACAGCCACUGCCAGGCACUCGGCCACUGUGGGAGAUCAUAGUGCUGCACGACUAUGGCCGCAGCAGAGACACUGUGCUGGUGUGUCGCCUUCACCAGUCUAUAUCUGACGGCAUGUCCUUGGUCAGGGUGCUGUGCCAGUCCCUCUCAGACAACCAGAUCAUGCACAUCCCACAGAAGCCUCACUUCGGUGGAACUACCUAUGGAAUGAACCUCUUGAAAGCCUUACUAGUGGGUCCCAUGAUGGCAUUAAAGUGGCUGUGGUGGUGGCGGCCAGAAGUGAACCCGCUGACGGUGCGUCGCGGGUCGUCUCUGCCUCCUCCUCGGGUGGCCAAGAGUAGUGGCUCCUGCUGUGGCUGCAGCAGAAAAAUGGCGGCCAGCAGCUCGAGUGAGAGCGGCGCGUACACAGUGUGGGGGGAGGAGGGAAGCGGCGGGCAGGUGGUGGUGUGGUCGGCGGGAGUGUCUGUGAGUCGCGUGGUGCGCAUCAAGCAGGUCACCCGCACGUGUCUAAACGAUGUGCUGUUGGCGGCACUGACAGGAGCCCUCAGACUCUCACUCCAGCGGCAGGGUGUCGUCCACCCACCAGACCUCAAGGUGAACGUAGCCGUGGACCUACGAAGCAACAAGAUGCCCUUCACUAUACCCCGCAUGGGCACCAAGGCGGCCCUGGUGCCCAUCUCCCUGCCCCUCAGCUGGGACGCCGCCGUACCCAGACUCUGGGAGGUCCGGGCAAGGGUUGAUAAGAUGAAGGCCUCGGCGGACCCUGUGGUGGCGUACGGCCUGGUGUGGUGGGCGACACGGGUGCUACCUAGCUCCUGGGCCCGCCGCCUCCUCCUGACUCUCCACCGGCGUAUCUCCCUUCAGUACUCAUCUCUUCCUGGACCCAACACCUCUCUCCUGCUGGGCGGGUACACGGUGAAGCACAUCUACAACGUAUCGCCGCCCAGGGAGCCGACCCCCGUCAGCGUGACGGUCUUCACCUACGCCGACCAGGUGCACGUGGCCGUAGCCGCCCGCAGGACCCUUCCCGCCGCCCGCGCCAUCACCACCUCCAUUCUCAGGGAGUUCGAGAACCAGUGCGAACAGAUGUCGGAGCUUCUGGCCAACCGACGCAUCCCUGGCGAGCAGCGACGGGGCCUCGUCUUCAGCCUCGGGGACCUCAAUAGUGGCCAGUCCAUCACUGACUUGCAGAUCAAGCUGGGCCAGGUACAGGCGGAGCUGCAGCUGGUGACCCAGCAGUACGAGGCCCAGCUGAAGGCCUCCCUUGCCAAGCGGCGCCACCUCCAUCACCAGGUGGCGGAGGGUGAUGCCAGCGACGUGGACGAGACCUCCAGUACCGUGGGGGCUGAGAACGCCCUCCUCACCAACAACUACGGCACCGGGGGACCAGGACGCGGCCUGCGGCCCUCCGGGAGCAAGCACGAGCUGGCCACGCGGGUCCAGAACCUCAAAGACGAGUUCACGGAUCUGCUGACGGAGAUCCGGAGGAGGAAGAGCGUUAGCGAUGGUGGUGGUGUUGUGGGUGUGGCCAUCCAGACCGAGUUCGAGGAGGAGGACGGCGAAGUGAGACGCCCUCGCAAGCGGGCCCUCUCCACCACCUCCACCUGGUCGUCGAGCUCGGGGCGCGAGGUGUCGUCCUCCUGUAUGGCCCGCCCCCUCACCACGCCCACCCAGCCUCCCGCCCCGCCCACGCCCACCAAGUCCCCCACCAAGCCUGUUAACCCGCCCAGGGCCUUCCUUGUCACUGACAUCACCUGAUGAUAACUUCCACAUGUUACGCAAGUGGAACAUGUUAACAUGAUCACCAUUACCGAGUUGUUUACCGAGUCAGUGAAGAAUUUGCAUAGUACCUGUUGAAGAGUUAACUUGAUAACUCGGAGAUCAACCCGUCCUCUUAAAAAUACCGUUACUUAUGGCUCGUAUGCGCGGCGCUAUGGCCAAAUUUGGACGUAAUUUGAAAUGAAAUCGACUCACAAAAGUGACGUU